AUGGCACCCUCCAAGCACAAACUUUCGCCGAGAGGCGCUAAAUCACAACAUGUCUCCGGCAGCGAAGACGACUUCCUCCCAGGCCUUAAGGAGAAGUCUGGCUCCUCUGUCAGUGGUGGCAGAUCGCUUGGGCAGUCUCUGUUCAAGCAGUCUGCUCCUCUGGCUGCCCUACAGCAGCCUGGAUUGAGGUUAGGCUGGGGGCAGGAGGAGUCAGCCUCUGCCGCGACUCCGCACACAAUUUGUGUGCUUUUUGAAGACGACUCCGGGGAUGCUCCCCAAACCCUCGCCCUCACCGACCUGGAGCAUCAGGACCGCAUUUGGGCUAACAACAGGCGCGAAGGUGUCACUACCACACCGUUCCCUGCUGCUGUCAUCGGGCGCUUUGCAGCAAGCACAAAACGCCGCCACCACGACUUCGCCUCCACUGCCAAUCAACCUUCCCGCGCUGCUAUGAUCGUGAAGGCCAAGGGCACCAGCGGCGUCCUCACCUUCAACGACCGCAAGCCACAAAAACAGCGCCGCAAGAAGCCUGUCAUCGACACUCCCGCCCCCUCCCAUCAGCCCGCCGGCCAGGUCAUGUUGCGAUACGACAACACGCCCGAAGGCCACCAGACUGCCCUCAAACUCGCAAUUGAAGAGGGCCUUAUCAAUCCCGACGAGGACGAUGAGGUGCAAGCCUUCAUGAAGACCAUCCGAGAGACGCCAAACAGGAAGCUCAAGGACAGCAACGAGGAGCUCGACAAGCACAUCACAGCGGGCGGAGCUGCUCUCGGCUUCAUCAACCCCAAUGCACCAUCCAGCACGCCUGAGGAUGGUCAAGGCGAUGAUAUCCCCAAGGAGUAG